AUGAAAAAGACUUUCAUUUUUUUCUUUUUUGCGGAUAUACAGUUGGCCGGCAUACUUGAGCGGGAACGAGAACAGGAUAUAAUCCAUAGUCAUGACCUGGCACUUUUUGAUAGUUUCUGCAUUGAUACCAAUUUGCUGUACCCUCAUUCCAAUUCAAAUGCUCUCUCCCCUCAUAGUGAAGGAACUAGUUACCUACCUACUUACCUUAUGCCACCAUCGGCGAAAAGAGAGAUGCCAGUCUCACAGGAUCACCGAGCUCCGAAUAAACCGCCAUAA